AUGGCGGCGCCCGGGGGCUCGGCGGGCGCCGCGGCGCUGAGGGCGCUGGUCCAGCAGUUCACCGCCAUCACCGGUGCCAGUGAAAGUGUGGGGAAGCACAUGCUGGAAGCCUGCAACAACAACCUGGAGAUGGCUGUCACCAUGUUCCUGGAUGGAGGGGGCAUAGCAGAGGAGCCCAGCACCAGCUCUGCAGCCGUGUCUGCUGCCCGCCCGCACCCCGAGGAUGAAGUACGAGCUCCAAUUCCUCAAAAGCAGGAAAUCUUAGUAGAGCCUGAGCCCUUGUUUGGAGCUCCUAAAAGACGCAGACCUGCUCGCUCAAUAUUCGAUGGCUUUCGGGAUUUUCAGACAGAAACCAUCCGGCAGGAGCAGGAGCUCCGCAACGGAGGGGCCGUGGACAAGAAGCUGACGACGCUGGCAGAUCUCUUCAGGCCUCCCAUUGACCUGAUGCACAAAGGCAGCUUUGAAACGGCCAAGGAGUGUGGUCAGAUGCAGAACAAGUGGCUCAUGAUAAACAUUCAGAACGUGCAAGAUUUUGCCUGCCAGUGCCUCAACCGUGAUGUGUGGAGCAAUGAGGCUGUGAAGAACAUCAUCAGGGACCACUUCAUUUUUUGGCAGGUGUACCACGACAGUGAGGAAGGCCAGCGGUACAUACAGUUUUACAAAUUAGCAGACUUCCCUUAUGUCUCCAUCCUGGAUCCCAGGACAGGCCAGAAGCUCGUGGAGUGGCACCAGUUGGAUGUGACUUCUUUCCUGGACCAAGUGACCGGGUUCCUGAGCGAGCACGGCCAGCUGGACGGCCACUCCAGCAGCCCUCCCCAGAAAUGCUCCCGCUCUGAGAGUCUCAUCGAUGCCAGUGAGGACAGCCAGCUGGAAGCUGCCAUCAGAGCCUCCCUGCAGGAGACCCAUUUUGAUUCCUCCCAGGCCAAGCAGGAGAGCAGGUCGGAUGAGGAGUCGGAGUCAGAGCUUUUUUCUGGAAGCGAAGAGUUUAUUUCUGUUUGUGGAUCUGAGGAGGAGGAGGAGACAGAGAUUCCAGCCAAGCUGAGGAAGUCUCCACACAAGGACUUGGGGUAUAAAAAAGAGGAGAGCCGGAGGCCUCAGCCUGAGCCCUCUGCAAGGACUGAGCCUGGGACAACAUCAAACCACAGGGUCUUGCCCUGCAUUGAGGCAGGGGCUCUGGAGGAGUCACCUGACAAGCCUGAAAGUACCUUCAGGGGCCUGGACGUGAAUGGACCAAAGGCACAGCUGAUGCUGAGGUAUCCAGAUGGAAAGAGGGAACAAGUUUCACUGCCUGAACAAGCUAAACUUCUGGCUCUUGUGAAACACGUCCAGUCCAAAGGAUACCCCAACGAGCGCUUUGAACUGCUCACCAAUUUCCCCAGGAGGAAACUCUCCCACCUGGACUAUGAGAUCACGUUACAGGAGGCAGGCCUGUGUCCUCAAGAGACUGUCUUUGUGCAGGAAAGGAAUUAGCACUGUGGCCUGAGUUCUCCCAGCCUUCCUCCCUCUCCUCUUUGCCUGGGACAAGAGUGGUUAAAUAUGCAGUUAAGGGUCAUGGGAUUGCAGUGCUGGAAUCAGGCAGCUGACUGGCCCUUCCUUCUCCCUCCUCCUCUCUCUCCCUCCCUUCUCCCUCUCUAGUGACCAAAUGAGAGUGCUCAGAGUUUUAUUUUCUUCCUCAGCUGCAGAGAGCAUUGGGAAGAACAUCUUUCCUCUGCUUUCCUGGAAUAAAGUAAAACAGUGAUCUGUGUAUCCAGCAUGCUGGAGCUUGGAGUGGCCAUAAUACACAAACCCUUCUCGCUGCUAUUCUUAAAUCUGUUUUGUUUAAUUUAUUUUUGAAAAGAGUGUGUGAUGAGGCAUGGAGGCAUCUCUCUGGAAGGAGAGGGCAUAACCUUCAGGACACUCUUUCCUUUGUUUGGAUUCCCGACACAAAAGGUCUCCAUUAACCUUCCAGCCUUCUCUUAUCCAACACUCUGGUUUUGGAAAGGAGUUGGGUUGAGCCAUGGCAAAAUGCUCUGCUCCAUCUCAUUCAAAGGCUUCUAGAUUGCCUGCAUGUUUUCCUCCUCCUUUAAAUUGCCAGUGGACAUAGUAAAAAAAAAAACAAAAAACAAACCAAUUCCCCAGAAAUCCAACUGUGCUCCAUAUGGGCUUGACUGCUUGGCCCAGAGGGAAAGCUGUGAGUCCAGUGCUGGAGCAGAACCAGCUCCUUUGUGGGGGUGGGUUAUCCAUGUUCCCUUCCCUGCAUCCUCAAAGUGUCUCCUUACUUGCUCUCAGGAUUUUGCAAAUAGUAACAAGGGUACUGUAAAGGUUUUGGAUUCUCUGAAAACACCUGCCACAGAGACCUGACAGUCAGAUGGCUUUUUUCCCUCUUUUUCUAGGAGUGGGUGGCUUUACAGGGGUUUUACAUCACUGACAGCAUUGACCAUCAAUUAAUGCAUCAUAAAACACUUCCCAGCCUGGUGGCUUGAAUUCCCUGGGAUGAUUUUUGUUCUAUUUCUGUGUUCAUCUACUGUCACCUCUAAAUUUGGAGGGCUGCAUGGAAAGCUGCUCCUUGGUGCAGGCUUUCCUUUCAGCUCUGGAAGCUGGUACACGAGUCAGUGCCCUGGUUUUCCUCCAGUAUCUCCACCAGAAUGUCAUCCUUCAGAAGGAUUUUGGAUUUUUCUGAUGGAGAUCUUGGCCAGUUGGUGUUUCAGCAGAUGGGACAGGAGUUAACUGGCACAGCCCUCAGCACAGUGUGGUGGAUUUGUGUAUUUACAGCUAAAAACUCAGUUUAACAUGGUUUUCAAUCACUGAGGAGAAAGCACAUGGGACCUGGCAUAACUGCUGACUUUUUCUGCCUCUCUCAGAUGAUUGUCUUUGUUAAAGACUUUAGUAGUCAGAAAUUUACAUUUUCCAGUUUUUCAAGAUAUUUUGCCUUUGAUUUCAUACUAGCAUCAGUACUUUGGAACCUUUAAAUGCAAGAAAUCACAGAAAAUGUCUGGCAUUCCCCAUGAAAACUUCAACUCACAGCUGUCUCCUGCUCCUAAUUGAGCUUUGACAUGUAAUCAUGCAAUUGUAGAAGUUGAUUUCCCUUUCUGCUGCAGGAUGUAGUGUCAGGAAAGCAGAUUUUCAUCUCAGUUUCCUGAUCAGUGCUUGAUGUGACACCAGAUGUCUUCUUUGGUUUGUAAAGACCCCCAGGUGUGGAGGCUGCUCCCAGCAGGGGGAAGUGAGGGGGGUCUUGUGUUUGG